GGAACUCCCUGAUGGCACCCGUGGGCCGGUGGCAGAAGGGGAAGGACCUGACCUGGUACGCCAAGGGCAAGAAGGAGACGGCCCCCCCGUUGUCCCGCGAGGAAGAGCUGGCGGCGGUCCGGCUGGCUGAGCAGGAGGCCAUGAUGGCAGCCCCGGGCUACAAGAACAUCAAGAGGCAGCCCACCGGCCUCAGCAAGGAGGACCUGGCCGAGGUGUGCAAGCGGGACGGCACGGAGAAGGACGUGGAUCGAGUGGUGGGCUUGGGCAGUUCCAGCGGCAGCGCCGGCCGGGUGAUGCUCUCCAAGGAGGAUAAGGAGGUGGCCAAGAUGGGGCUCUCCGUCUUCAUGCACCAGAAAGUCUCCAGCAGCCCCGAGAUGUCCAGCUCCAAGAAGAAGCAGGAGAAGGAGGAGAAGGUGGAGACACAACGCAGCCCGGAGGGGGGCAAGAAAUCCAAAAAGGAGAAAAAGAAGAAGAAAAAGAAGAAACACAAGAAGGAGAAGAAGAAGGAGAAGCAUCACAAGAGGGAUGAUGCUCCAUCGUCCUCGGAUUCUUCUCCGGACCAGGAUGCGAG